ACAAUCGAAAGCUCUAGAAGAAAAGAAGAACUUUGUAUAGCACUUAGAGAAAAUAAGGAAAUAAAUGACUUAGUUUUUUAUAUAGAUAGCUUACUCAUAAGUGGAAAAUUAGAGCCUUGUAAGGCUGGAUAUAGUUUAGUACAAUUAAAUAGCAAGAGAAAAAUAGUUAAAGAAAUAAUAGAUAAAAUGAAUAAAUAG